AUGCCCUCCAAACUCACCGUCGCGGUCGCGCAAGCCCGCACCCACACCACCACCCAGGCCACCCUCACCGCGCUAGCCCGCAUCGCCCACCACGCCCGCACCCGCGGCGUCCACCUCCUCCUCUUCCCCGAAGCCUACCUGGGCGGCUACCCGCGCACCUGCGCCUUCGGCUGCGCGGUGGGCUCGCGCGCCCCGCACGGCCGCGACCAGUUCCUCGCGUAUUUCCGCUCGGCGGUCGAUCUGGGCGAUACGCCCGCGGGCGCGGGCGACGACUGGGUGGCGCGCCGGCUGCCGGUGGCGGAGGGGCGGAGCGAGCGCGGCGACGGGACACGCGAGGAGCUGGAGAGGGUGGCGCGCGAGACGGGGGUGUUUCUCGUUGUGGGGGUGAUUGAGCGCGCGGGCGGCAGUCUGUAUUGUUCGGUGGUGUAUGUUGAUCCGCUGCGCGGGUGUCUGGGGAAGAGGAGGAAGGUCAUGCCUACAGGAACGGAACGCCUCGUCUGGGCGCAGGGCUCCCCCUCCACCCUCAAGGCCGUCACGACGCAUCUCAACGGCGUCCCCGUGACCCUCGCCGCGGCCAUCUGCUGGGAGAACUACAUGCCCCUCCUGAGGCAGAGCAUCUACUCGCAGAACGUGAAUAUCUAUCUUGCGCCGACGGCCGACGCCCGCGAGACCUGGCUGCCGCUUAUGCGGACGGUCGCCUGCGAGGGCCGCGCGUUCGUGCUCUCGGCGAAUCAGUGCGUGCGGUAUAGUGAGUUGCCGGAGUGGGUGACGGGUGCGCCGGGCCCGCAACAAAUGCAGCAGCAGGCGUCUGCCCGGACGCAGGCGGCGGCGCAUCGCAAGAAGCAUUCCAUCACGGCCGAGGGCCCGCAUGAGAUUGUUUGGCCCGAGGGGGAGAAGAAGGCGGAGGCGGAGGCGGAGGCGCCGGUGGCAGCUCCUCCGACUGGUGUUGUUCCUCAUGGCGAUGAUUUUGUCUGCCGCGGCGGGUCGUGCAUUGUCGGUUGCCAGGGCGAGGUCCUCGCCGGCCCGAUCUGGGAGGUCUCUGCGGAUGAUGCGCCCGACUCCGCCGUGACGGCUCGCGCGGCCGCGGACGAUGCCGACGGUAAUGCGGUCGGGGAUGGGCUGCUGGUGGCCGAGAUCGACCUGGAGGACUGUGAGCGCGGCCGCUUGGAUCUGGACGUCGCGGGAAGCUAUUCGCGCAACGAUGCGUUCAAGUUGACGGUCGAGGGGUUGGACCUGAGCCCGCCUCCGUUCUAA